ACCUCAAUAAUUUUUCUCAAAGCCUUUUGCUGUGAUGACACAAUGCAUGACGAAAUGUGUGUAUACACAUAUUCAUCAUGCAUGUCCUACCAUGCACGUUAGUAGCCAACCAUAGUUUUUAUUUCACAACUACUCCUGUAUUCCUCAAAUAAUACUAUUCAUCAUUCAUGUUUGAAUUACUCGAUAAAUCUAUUUCAACCACUUGACAAUUAGCAGUCAGAUUAAUAAGCCUCUACAAUUCUGUCAAUAUCUUAUUUCUUAUGUCACAUUAGGGAAAGUGUUUGUGGUGGGGAGUGAAGUGAUUUAGUGUUGGGAAAAAUUUACAUUUUGUGAUCGGAAAAAUAAUGAUUCUAAUCUAUUUAAUCAACAUAUAUUUCCAGAGCUAUAAAUUUAAGAGUUUGUAUGUUGACUUAGCAAUCAAAUGCUUGUUCCCAAACUCUGCUCUCAUUUGAUCAUAGUUCCACAGUUUGUGUAUGAACAGUGAUGUGAUGUGGAUAUAUUUGCAGAUGGCGAUAGUUGCAGUAGAUAGCAGCCAAGAACCAGCGCCAGAGUUCAGCACUGCUUUCGCUCCAACCGAUAAUGACUUCAGCCAACAACAUUAUUUAAUCCCUGGCUACAAUCUAAUAUUCAUCAAAGAAGAAGAUUCCCAAGAUGUAGAAGACAUUUCAGAAGAAGUUGACUUUGGCACAGUGAAGAGUGAAGCAGAGAUGUGGCCUUCUAUCAGCGGCACUGACAAUGCAACAGAAGUGGGUGGAGUGGAUGCACAUCCUAUCUCUCCAGUUGAGGAGUGCACUGAGCCACCUGUGGCUGGCGAAGAGACCAAGCUCUACAGCUGUGAUGACAGCAGCUAUGAAACUCCAUCGAUUACUGCUUUGAAAAGACACAUUAGAAGACACACUAAGGAAAAGCCUUUUAGUUGUGAGAUCUGUGACUAUAAAUGUGCUACUUCAGACUAUAUGAAAAUACAUAUCAGAACACAUACAGUUGAAAAACCAUUCAGUUGCGAAUUUUGUCACUACAAAUGUGCUAAUUCAAACCAUUUGAAAGUACAUAUCAGAUCACAUACAGGUGAAAAACCAUUCAGUUGUAAAUUAUGUGACUACAAAUGUGCUAUUUCAGCCAAUUUGAAAGUUCAUAUCAGAACACAUUCAGGUGUAAAACCAUUUAGUUGCAAAUUUUGUGACUACAAAUGUGCUAUUUCUGCCACUUUGAAAGCUCAUAUCAGAACACAUACAGGUGAGAAACCAUACAAUUGUGACCUUUGUAACUUUAAAUGUGCUACUUCAAGACAAUUGAAGAGGCAUAUCAGAACACACACUGGUGAAAAACCAUUUAGUUGCGAAUUUUGUGACUACAAAUGUUCAUAUUCAGACUAUUUGAAAGAACAUAUCAGAACACAUACAGGUGAGAAACCAUUCAGUUGUGACCUUUGUAACUUCAAAUGUACCACUUCAAGCUAUUUGAAAAUACAUAUCAGAUCACAUACAGGUGAAAAACCAUUUUGUUGUAAAUUAUGUGACUAUAAAUGUGCAAAUUCAGGUACUUUGAAGGCACAUAAUAUUAGAAAACAUUCAGGUGAAAAACCAUUUAGUUGUAACUUUUGUGACUACAAAUGUGCUACUUCAGACUAUAUGAAAAUACAUAACAGAAAACAUACAGGUGAAAAACCAUUCAGUUGCGAAUUUUGUGACUACAAAUGUGCUACUUCAAACAAUUUAAAAAAACAUUUCAGAACACAUACAGGUGAGAAACCAUUCAGUUGUGACCUUUGUAACUUCAAAUGUGCUACUUCAGGCCAAUUGAGAAUACAUAUCAGAUCACACACUGGUGAAAAACCAUUUAGUUGCGAAUUUUGUGACUACAAAUGUGCUACUUUAAACAAUUUAAAAAAACAUUUCAGAACACAUACAGGUGAAAAACCAUUCAGUUGUGACCUUUGUGACUUUAAAUGUGCUACUUCAAACAAUUUGAAAAUACAUAUGAGAAGACACACUGGAGAAAAGCCUUUUAGUUGUGAGAUGUGUGACUAUAAAUGCAGUCUGAAAUCUAGCUUGAAAUUACAUUUCAGAACACAUACAGGUGAAAAACCAUUUAGUUGUGACCUUUGUAACUUCAAAUGUGCUACUUCAGGCCAAUUGAGAAUACAUAUCAGAUCACACACUGGUGAAAAACCAUUUAGUUGCGAAUUUUGUGACUUUAAAUGUGCUACUUCAGGAAUUUGAAAGUACAUAUUCGAACACAUACAGGUUAAGAACCUUUUAGUUUCGAAUUUUGUGACCAUAAAUGUUCUCGUUCAAAUGAUUUGAAGAAACAAAUCUGAAAACACAUUGGGGGAAAGCCUAUGAAGAAAAAAUUGUGAGAUUUUUAUUUAUAAAAUAUGAUAAAUUCCACUUAGUUUAAGAAGACCCAUAGCACUUUAUACAAAACAAAAUAGCACUUUACAGGAAUAAACCAUAAAUUAAUGUAAAACUGGAAUUAUGACUUUGAUUUGAUACACUAGAAUUAUGAAUUAUGUGACUUUUAAUGUGCUGAUUUAUAUACUUUGAAGGCACAUAAUAAAGUCCAUAGAGUUGAAAAAUAAUUGAAUAAGUAGUCUUAUUAGUUGUAUUGACAUUUUUUGUUCCUCAAUCGAUCAAGAUAAAUGAUUGGAGUCAGUUGCUCGUUUGUGAAAUUAUAUAAUCUAUUGUAACUUAAUUCAGUAAAUUCCAACUGAAUAGAAGAUUUAAAAUUUUGUGUACUGACGAGGAUGACAUGAAGGUUAGCACUUAGCAGAUCGAAACAUCAAUUGGGAAUAAUAAGUGCAAUUGCAUGCAAGUUGAGUCUAUGUCUUUCUCCAUCUUCCAGAUACUUUCCUCUCCUUAUAUUUACUUAUCCAGAAAUAUUAAUUUGCAGCAAUCAAAGCAACAAGUUGGUGAGUUUCUAAUGAUUUUUUCUUGAAACUUGGUCUUGCAUGGAGCUUUCCCACUCUCGUUAUGUAAAGAAUAUUCAUGCCUUUUCAAUUGUAAAUUCGUAAAAUUAGAUGCAAUCCACAUUAAUUGCAAUUACAUAUAGUAUUUGUCUUCUAUGGGAGAACAUAGGUACGGUACCUGAUAUUCUUCAAGACACCAAUGAGCCUCAGAACUGUCAUAUAUCAGCCAAGUCCGCCAGUUUAUAGUGUUCUUGAGGAAUCAUGUUUAAUCUGAAUAGUCAUUAUCAGACUCACUGUCAUAUUUAAAAUGUUUAGUUGUAGACUGCUAGUAAAUCGAUAAUUAUCCAUUCAAUCCCACAACACAGAGAGAUUGUCUUGUUGGGAGAUUCAUACAUGAUUCAAGGUUCAUCUGAUUUAUAAAAUUAAUUGUUAGCCCAUUAAAUUUAAGCAUUGAGUAAUUAUUAGACUCAUAGUCAUGUGUAAUGUGUUCAGUUAUGAAUGUAGCCUAUAGCAGUCUCCUCAAAUGUGAAAAGAUCCAUUCUGAUGAUCCUAUCUUCAUGACAAUCAAAUUUUUAUUAAAUGAUCACCUCUUCAACAACAAAACGACAAUAUUUUCUUUGCAAAACCCUUUGAACUGCUAUGCUUCAUAUUAUGAUGUUAUUGUUGUUAAUAUGGCUGUGUUGAUUACCUCAAAAAGCCUCCUGGCUUUGGUGAUUAAUAAUGUGUGUAAUAUUAUAGAUUUUAUUAUUUAUUGAGAAUAAUAUGGGAUACAACUUGAGAGGGACUAGUUGAUUUUAUUUUAUGGACAGAGGUAUAUUCUUUUGGGGUAAAACCUAUCUGGAUGGGGGCAUGGAACGGCCAAGAGAGAACAAUAACCCUCCUUCAACGCCGGUGAAAUGGGAAACAAUAACUGUCAACCCAUGUCAAUUCUCAAGCAAUAGAUCUUUUAAUGCCCCCAUCCAGAUAGGUUUAGAGCAGAAAAUGUAUUUUCAAAACCUACUGUAAAAUCCAACACUCUGGUCCGCAACUUACAACUCGACAUGAUAAUCGUUUAAAAAAUAUCAACUAGCACUAAUAAGAAAUUAGUUAUUUGAUAAUAUUAGAAUAGGCUCAAAUAAUAUUACAAUAGGCUUUGUGUUCCAUAAUGAUGGAAUUCAACUAUUUUUCUAAAUUUAAUAAGAAUGACUUGAAAAUUCUGUUUUGAAACAAUAUGUACAUCUCUGAUAACCUGAUACGAGUUAUAAAAUCGUCAUAAUCAUACUAAAAUCAUUUAUUGCGUGAAACACACAAUUUAAUUGCAGGGAUUUUACUACACUGUUAUAUGCCUUUACAGCUUAGAUCUUUGUCGCAUCUUGAUAAGCUCUGCAUGAACUCCAUGUUAUACCAAAAGCUACAGAGUAUAGACGACUGUCUAAUAGUUGGAAAUUAUAACUUUGAUGGACCUGUAUAGAACACGGAAAUGGGAACCCCUGAGUAAAAGUCUAAGUGUGGAAUAAUGUCACUAAACUUAACAGGAUGGGGGCAUACGCUUCAUUGCACAAGGGUCGAAAAUGUGCUAAAAUUACCUGCCAAAGGGUCUCACAGUUGUAUUGUUCUCGCUUGACCGUCCCAUGCCCCCAUUGAGAUAGGUUUUACCCUU